UCCCAGCCGCACGCUUUCUCUUACUCCGCGGCGGCUCGGACCCUGCGGCCUCCGCGUAGUGGUUGGCGCCGGUAGUGGGCUGCGCGGUCGCAGGCUGACGCCGAGGGGACCUGGCCGUUCCUCCCGCGGCGUCUUGGCCUUCGUGCGCUGCCGCGGCCCAUGGGUGCAGUCGGCCCGGCGGACCCGCAUUAAACUGAAAAGAUGUCCCUGUACGACGACCUGGGAGUGGAGACCAGUGACUCCAAAACAGAGGGCUGGUCCAAAAACUUCAAACUUCUGCAGUCUCAGCUUCAAGUGAAGAAGGCAGCUCUCACUCAGGCAAAGAGCCAGAGAACAAAACAAAGUACAGUCCUUGCCCCAGUAAUCGACCUAAAGCGUGGUGGCUCUUCAGACGACCGGCAGAUUGUGGACACCCCACCUCAUGUAGCAGCCGGCCUAAAGGAUCCUGUACCCAGUGGAUUUUCUGCAGGAGAAGUUUUGAUUCCGUUAGCUGAUGAAUAUGAUCCUAUGUUCCCUAAUGAUUAUGAGAAAGUGGUAAAGCGCCAAAGAGAGGAACGACAGAGACAGCGGGAGCUGGAACGACAAAAAGAAAUAGAAGAGAGAGAAAAGAGGCGUAAGGACCGACACGAAGCUAGUGGAUUUUCAAGACGACCAGAUCCAGAUUCUGAUGAAGAUGAAGACUACGAGCGAGAGAGGAGAAAAAGAAGUAUGGGCGGGGCCGCAAUCGCACCACCCACUUCUCUUGUAGAGAAGGACAAAGAGUUACCCCGAGAAUUUCCUUAUGAAGAAGAUUCCAGACCUCGCUCACAGUCUUCCAAAGCUGCCAUCCCUCCCCCCAUGUAUGAGGAACAGGACAGACCCAGAUCUCCACCGGGCCCCGGCAACUCCUUCCUCGCCAACAUGGGUGGCACAGUAGCACAUAAAAUCAUGCAGAAGUAUGGCUUCCGGGAAGGCCAGGGUCUUGGGAAGCAUGAGCAAGGGCUGAGCACGGCACUGUCAGUGGAGAAGACGAGCAAGCGAGGAGGCAAGAUCAUCGUGGGCGAAGCCACAGAGAAAGAUGCAGCCAAGAAGUCAGACUCAAAUCCAUUAACCGAAAUACUUAAGUGUCCUACUAAAGUGGUCCUACUAAGGAACAUGGUUGGUGCAGGAGAGGUAGAUGAAGACUUGGAAGUUGAAACCAAGGAAGAAUGUGAAAAAUAUGGCAAAGUUGGAAAAUGUGUGAUAUUUGAAAUUCCUGGUGCCCCUGAUGAUGAAGCAGUACGAAUAUUUUUGGAAUUUGAGCGGGUUGAAUCAGCAAUUAAAGCUGUCGUUGAUCUGAAUGGGAGGUAUUUCGGUGGACGGGUGGUAAAAGCUUGUUUCUACAAUUUGGAUAAAUUCAGGGUCUUGGAUUUGGCAGAACAAGUUUGAUUUUAAGAACCAGAGCACAAGCGGCACGCUGAGCAGACAAGAAAAAGGCGACAGCCAGCUUGCAUGGCUGUCGGGUUGCAGAGAUUCUUAGAAGGACUGCUAAGAUAUAUGUUGAUUAAUCCCUUUUUUAUUUUGUGGUUUUUUAAUAUAGUAUAAAAAUCCUUUUAAAAAACAAA